GGCCGGCCGGUGGUCACGCUGCCGCAGCGCCGCCGCUUCGCCGCCGCGCCGGGGCCGGGCCGGGACACGCUGCGCCCAGGAUUGGCUGCGCCGCUGCCUCGUCCCAGAAUGCAGCGCAUGGCGCGUCAUUGAAGAGAGACCAUGAUGGCGGCGGCCGCGGCGGCGGGGGGGGCCCCCGAGGUGAUCGCCCAGCUGGAGAACGCGGCCAAAGUGCUGAUGGCACCACCUUCCAUGGUCAACAAUGAACAACGCCAACAUGCUGAGCACAUAUUCUUGUCAUUUAGAAAAUCAAAAUCACCAUUUGCUGUUUGCAAACACAUUUUGGAAACUAGUAAAGUGGACUACGUCCUUUUUCAAGCUGCUACAGCAAUAAUGGAAGCAGUUGUAAGAGAAUGGAUUCUCUUGGAAAAAACUAGCAUUGAGUCACUGCGAACAUUCCUUCUAACCUAUGUCUUACAAAGGCCUAACCUUCAAAAGUACGUUCGGGAGCAGAUUCUCUUAGCAGUAGCAGUGAUAGUGAAGCGGGGAUCAUUAGACAAAUCGAUCGACUGCAAAAGCAUUUUUCAUGAAGUCAGCCAGUUGAUCAGCAGUGGUAACCCCACUGUGCAAACUUUGGCCUGUUCCAUUUUAACGGCGUUGUUGAGCGAGUUCUCAAGUUCAAGUAAAACCAGCAACAUUGGACUAAGCAUGGAGUUCCAUGGUAACUGUAAACGCAUAUUUCAGGAGGAUGACCUGCGGCAGAUCUUCAUGCUCACAAUAGAGGUACUUCAGGAAUUCAGCAGACGUGAAAACCUCAAUGCUCAGAUGUCUUCAGUAUUUCAGCGUUAUCUUGCACUAGCGAAUCAAGUCUUAAGUUGGAACUUCCUUCCUCCAAAUUUGGGCAGACAUUAUAUAGCUAUGUUUGAAUCCUCACAAAAUGUGAUGCUAAAGCCAACAGAAUCCUGGCGUGAGACCCUCCUGGACAGCAGAGUUAUGGAGCUUUUCUUUACAGUACAUCGAAAAAUCAGAGAAGACACAGAUAUGGCCCAAGAUUCAUUACAGUGUCUGGCACAGCUGGCAUCUUUGCACGGGCCAGUCUUUCCUGAUGAAGGUUCACAAGUUGAUUACCUGGCACACUUCAUUGAGGGAUUACUGAAUACUAUCAAUGGAAUUGAAAUAGAAGACUCUGAAGCAGUGGGAAUUUCCAGUAUUAUCAGCAACCUGAUAACCGUAUUUCCUCGCAAUAUUCUAACUGCCAUUCCGAAUGAACUUUUCUCUUCGUUUGUUAACUGCCUUGCACAUCUCACAUGUUCUUUUGGAAGAAGUGCUGCCUUGGAAGAAGUGCUUGACAAAGAUGACAUGGUAUAUAUGGAAGCAUAUGAUAAGUUGUUGGAAUCUUGGCUCACUUUGGUACAAGAUGACAAACAUUUCCAUAAAGGUUUCUUUACCCAACAUGCUGUUCAGGUCUUUAAUUCCUACAUUCAGUGCCAUCUAGCUGCUCCUGAUGGCACAAGGAAUUUGACUGCCAAUGGUGUGGCCUCUCGGGAAGAGGAGGAAAUAAGUGAGCUGCAGGAAGAUGACAGAGACCAGUUCUGUGACCAGCUGGCCAGUGUAGGCAUGCUGGGGAGAAUUGCUGCGGAACACUGUAUACCUCUUCUUACAAGUUUAUUAGAAGACCGAGUGACAAGGCUCCAUGGUCAGUUGCAAAGACAUCAGCAGCAGUUACUUGCCUCACCCACAUCAGGCUCAAUUGACAAUAAAGUGCUUGAUGACUUGUAUGAGGAUAUUCAUUGGCUUAUUUUAGUCACAGGCUACCUCUUGGCUAAUGAUACUCAGGGAGAGACGCCGUUAAUACCUCCAGAAGUAAUGGAAUAUUCCAUUAAACAUGCAACUGAGGUUGACAUCAAUACAACACUUCAGAUUCUGGGAUCUCCAGGAGAAAAGGCCUCUUCCAUCCCAGGUUACAACAGAACUGAUUCUGUAAUUAGGUUGUUGUCUGCUAUUUUAAGAGUCUCAGAAGUAGAGUCUAGAGCAAUAAGGGCAAAUCUCACACACCUCCUGAGCCCCCAAAUGGGCAAAGAUAUUGUAUGGUUCCUCAAGCGCUGGGCAAAGACUUACCUCCUAGUAGAUGAAAAUCUGUAUGAUCAGAUAAGUCUGCCAUUUAGUACAGCAUUUGGUGCUGAUACAGAGGGUUCCCAGUGGAUUGUGGGUUACCUUUUAGAAAAAGUGAUCAGUAACCUGGCAGUGUGGAGUUCAGAGCAGGACCUUGCAAAUGAUACUGUACAACUGCUAGUAACAUUAGUGGAAAGGAGAGAGCGGGCAAAUUUAGUUAUUCAGUGUGAAAACUGGUGGAAUUUAGCUAAACAAUUUGCAAGGCGAAGCCCUCCUCUUCACUAUUUGUCCAGUUCUGUCCAGAGAACAUUAAUGAAAGCUUUAGUUUUAGGAGGUUUUGCUCAUAUGGAUACAGAAACAAAACAACAAUACUGGACAGAGGUUCUUCAGCCACUUCAGCAACGGUUCUUGAAUGUGAUAAACCAAGAAAACUUUCAGCAGAUCUGUCAGGAGGAGGAAGUGAAACAAGAAAUCACUGCUACAUUAGAAGCGCUCUGUGGCAUUGCUGAGGCUACCCAGAUUGAUAACGUAGCAAUUCUUUUCAAUUUCCUAAUGGACUUCCUUAAUAAUUGCAUUGGAUUAAUGGAAGUAUACAAAAACACACCAGAGACUGUUAAUCUCAUAAUAGAAGUCUUCGUUGAAGUUGCACAUAAACAAAUUUGCUAUCUUGGAGAGGCCAAAGCCAUGAAUUUGUAUGAGGCCUGCUUAACUCUGCUUCAGGUGUAUUCUAAGAAUAAUCUAGGUCGACAACGGAUAGAUGUCACAGCAGAAGAAGACCAGUACCAGGAUCUACUUCUUAUUAUGGAGCUUCUCACUAAUCUUUUAUCAAAAGAAUUCAUAGAUUUCAGUGAUACAGAUGAAGUAUUCAGAGGACAUGAGCCUGGACAAGCCACAAAUAGAUCUGUAUCAGCAGCAGAUGUUGUCUUAUAUGGGGUUAAUCUAGUUCUGCCUCUAAUGUCCCAGGAUCUGCUGAAAUUUCCAUCCCUGUGUAACCAAUAUUACAAAUUAAUCACUUUCAUCUGUGAGAUAUUUCCUGAGAAAAUUCCACAACUGCCAGAGGACCUCUUUAAGAGUCUAAUGUACUCACUGGAGCUAGGGAUGUCAUCAAUGAGUUCAGAGGUUUGCCAGCUCUGUUUGGAGGCUGUAACCCCAUUAGCAGAGCAGUGUGCAAAAGCACAAGAAACAGAUUCAACCCUUUUUCUAGCAACAAGGCACUUUCUUAAGAUGGUCUUUGAUAUGCUGGUACUUCAGAAGCACAAUACAGAAAUGACAACUGCAGCAGGUGAAGCAUUCUACACGUUAGUGUGUUUGCAUCAGGCUGAAUAUUCAGAGCUAGUUGAAACAUUGCUAUCAACUCAACAAGAUCCAGUAAUUUACCAGCGGUUAGCAGAUGCCUUCAACAAGCUUACUGCAAGCAGCACUCCCCCUACACUGGACCGUAAGCAGAAGAUGGCCUUCUUAAAGAGUUUAGAAGAAUUUAUGGCAAAUGUUGGUGGACUCCUCUGUGUAAAAUAAACAACAAAACUUUAUGCCUAAUUUAGACCCUUUCUGCAAAAUGCACUGAGAAAUGCUGAAUGCUGACUAAAUCUUGUACAUGUUUCUGGGUUCUUUGCAGCCAUCUCAGUUCUAUAGAGCCUGGAAGUUUGAACAUAACACAAUGGAACAAGAGAGGUCAACUUUGAAUCAGCUUCUGCUAUUAUAUGUUAGCUGCAAUCUGUCAUACUUGGCCUGUGGGAGAGAGUGGACAGAAUGUCUGGAUUUAAAUCUUUUCCAUAUAUGUCCAAACAGAUAGGGGCACAAUGAAAAAUAAAUGCGGUGCCUUUCCCCCUGCACUGGUUUAAAAUAUGGGUGGCCAGACAAAAGUACAGUUUUCUACCCAAAAUCAUGUUAAUGUGAUGCAGAUACAUAUAAAGCUCUAAACAGUUUAGCUGAUUUUAAGCUUUAUUUUUCCCCUCUCUGAGUUUGUGUUCCAGUGGAGAAAAAAAAACCAAAUGGUAUUUUAACUUACAUUUAGUUCUGGUUUUCUACGUUGACCUGAUAUUGCAUAUUUAAUGCAGUGCAAGUUUUUACAUUAUGUUCUGCUGCCUAAAGUUCAGAGAAAAUAAAAAGGUGUAUAUUUUUGUUCCCCUAAAAUGAACUUUAGGAAUUGUAGCCAUUUCAUUGCCUUAAUUUAAAAGAAAGAAAGAAAGAAAGAAAAGAAAAAAAAAAGCUGUCAUGUACUUUAGAUAAGAAGUUUAAGGCAAGAUUUGACUCCUCAGAGUUGGUUUAUGAUGUUGGUAUUAAGCUGCUGUGUACCUAUUGCAGCCCUUCAUGUUGAUGUGUUAUUUUGGAAUGAGUGUCUAGUGCAAGGUUCAUGUGUAGUUUUACUUUCAGUAUCUGUUUUUGAUUCAUACCCAGAUUGCACGCAACUGCAAUGUAUUUCUACACUGAACUGUUUGCUUAAGCAAUAACAAUUCAAAAGGUGUAAAUUACUGGCAAAUGUUUUAGUUGGGGCAUUAGCUAAACCAGUUAUGCUAGAACAGGGGCAUCAAACCCUUUUACUCAAGGGCCAUAUUUGUUUGACUUGGGAGAAAGCUAACUGGGAUGUGUAGUGCUUGGGGGGAUUUUUGGUUUUGCAGAAGUGGAGCAAGAUUUGGCAGAGGCCUCCAAGCUGCUCUACUCUUGCUUUUUUGGGUUUUUUUGUAUCAGCACAUUAUCUGUUACGAGAGCAUAAUACGAGUGCCCUGGGUAUAGUGGACCAGCAAGAGAGAAGCAGCACACAAAUAUGAAAGCAAGACCUGCUUUGUCUCCAGUUACAAGCCAGAUAAAACCGAAGCAAACUAAAGUGCUGCAUGUCUAGAAAAACUGAUUUUUGUGGAAAUACAUGGAGGCAGAAGUGAGCCCUUCUGUUUAAGACCUCUGCUAGAUUAUGUUGUGGAGUAUUUAAAAUUUAUAUAAAAUGUACAGUGCAUACCUUGACAUGGCUAUACAUAGCAUCGUGUUUGCAACUCUGUGCCAUUCUUCAGCUGUUCAUCUCAAAAUUAGUCACAAUAGCCAGGAUUUUUUUAAAGACAUACAUCUGUAAUACUGUGCUGUAAGUGAUCUAAGCCUUUUUUCAUUUGUUUUGUUUUAAUUUAAAUCCAUACCUGUCUCAAGCAUGGAUCCAAAUGGCAAAAAAAAUGCCAUCUUUUCCUUUCUGUUUUUGUCUUUUAAUUUAUGUGAAAACUGGGCUAGGGCAGAUUUAUAUGAUAGGUUGGACUGGAUGAUCUUGGAGGUCACUUCCAACCUGCUUGAUUCUCUGGCUCUAUACAUUGAGUGACCAUAAAAUUUAUUACAUAAUGUACCUUCCCAACUAGCAUUUGAUUUCUAAGAUAAUUUGUGUAGUAUGCUAGAACAGAAGUGUUGCUCUCCACUUCUUCUUGAAACUCUAAUGCUUUGCCACAAAGACUUCUUGACUGUGCACUUGCACAAGAGAUAAUGAUCUCGGCAGAUCCUUCUGUUUUUAAACUGUUCUGAUGGCUGAUUUUUAAAAUUUGCUUGGGUUUUGCUAUUUUUGAAACUGCUUCCAGAGUUUCUCUGAGUUCAUUUGGAUAGGGCAUCAGUUCUGAAACUUUUUCUUCCAAUGAAGGGCAUUAAGGCCUGGGAACAUAAGCAGUUGUAGGAGCUGCUAGUAUGCAGUUGUGCUCAACAUCAAACAUUUAGACCAAAGUCUUCAAAGACAUCAUAACAUAUACCUUCAAAUUUUGUGGAUCUGACUGCAUAACUGAUAUACACAGUUAAAACUUCUUUUAUAACUAGCUCUGUCACUAUCUUUUUUUUCAUUUCAAAGCUGGCUUACUAUUUAAAAAGUUUUCUUUUUACAAUUUUGAAAACUUUCAUAUUGUUAUUGAUGAAUUGGAGCACAAACCAAGUUAGUAUUCAAGACAAAGUAAUAUGCAUAGCUAUUACUUUUCUUGUCAAGCCCAUUUUGUUGUAACAAGCAGAGGCAUACAGCAUCAUUUGACUAUCAACACUUGCUAAACUAUGAAUACAUCCUUCCAAAGACUUGUUUUGAAGGUUGCUUAAAAACUUCCCUUUGCCCUUCAUUGAAUAUUGUAUGUUAAAGAGAAACUGUCCUAGUAAGGCCACUUCUGUCACUUCUUGCGUGAUGUUAUUCUAGACAACAGUCUUCUGUUCCUGUUUCUUCACUUUAAUUCCAUUGUUGCAUAUUCAACAGGAAUCUUUUCAUACCAUUUUAUUUUUCUUUUAGAGCAAAUGCUAAGAUGUCUUUGCUUGGUGUCAUCCAUGAAAUUGUUGCAGAAAGUUCUGGGAAUAAGUUUAUUAAUUCAUACUGUUGCUGACCAGGUAGCUACUUCUACUUAAACUAUUUGGCUUCUAUAUUCCUUGGGAAAAAAAAAAAAAAGAAAGAAACUUCAGUGAUCUUCUACACAAUCUAGACACAAAAGCUCAUUUGGGCUCAUUGGAAUGACUUUUAGACUAUUUUUAAGUGAGGGUUGGGAGUUGACUCCACAUAAGCAGUCUGAAAUUUUAUAGCAUCACUGUGUUGAUUUUUGCAAUGUGAGAAAUUACUCUAAAAUGCACCUGGGUUUUUUUGAAGGGAGAAAAAAAGACAACUUGGACUGGAUUAUAAAGCUGCAUGAUUUAAUUGUAACAUUCGUCUAGACUUUUUUCUUGCUAAAAGAGAUUAUUGUUCAAGUGUGUUUAUUCUGAGACUAGAACUCGAGUAGCCUCUUUCCUGUUUUGGCAGCUUCAUCCCCAUUGUUUUAGCCAGUUCCAGUGCUGGCAUUACAGUUUUCUGUUGUUCAGCCUAUAGUAUUUGAUGCUGGCAAACAUGACCUUCUGGUUGGGUCAUGAAAUUCAAGACCUUGAAAGCACAGAUACACAUGGACAGGGAGAAGUAGACUUCUACUGCAUGAAACUUCCCCUUUGGUGUGCAUUUAUGCCUUAAUUAUCUUCACUGAAUUACCACCAGAAUCUGUUACUUAUUGCCCAGAGGUUUGUGUUUCACUGUUCAGUGAUAAAGGGCUCACUGUUUUCCUCAGGAACAAGAAACUCAUUUUCUCAGCAUGUCCAAAUCCUACUAGUUGAAAGAGAGGGUGUUGAAUCGGAGUCACCUCUUUGAGUGUGCAUAGCGCUUGCUAAAGCCCUCCCCCUGAGUUUACCUGGGUAAAUCCCUUUAUAUCUAAGCCAUGUAGCUGUAGAAAAUAAGCUUGCUCAGAGCAGCCAGUUGUCCAUUUACAAUCUAAUUCUUUAAAAGGUAAUGAAAAAUUUAAUUUGUGAUCUGUAAAACUGUUAAAAAAUGUCACAGCAUUUCUCUUGUAAAACACUUCAAGUAAUUUCAGUAUUGGUUAAAUAAUUACAUAAGAAGGGGUGUUUUUUAUGGAAGUAGCUUUAUGAAUAUAAGCGCAGGAGUAGGAGCCAGGCUCCUCUAAUUUUUUAUCCAUUUUUCCACUGGAUCCUCAGUGGCCAUUGGCAAGUUGCUAGAACUGUCGUCGUUAAAACAGUGGUAACACCUACCUACCUACCUCACAGGGGUGUUGUGAGGAUUAGCUUAUGCCUAUAAAAUGCAUUGAGGAUCUGAGAUGCUAUGUAAAUAUUAAAUAUUUUAAUUUUAGUUUUGUGAGGUGUAAGAUUUACUGCAGCGAAAACAGGAGAUUUUCGUUAUUAUGAAGCCCAGUAGAGGCAGCAGUGGUACAGCGUUUCCCAAGACUGAUCUACUGCAAUACAGUAAUGCUUGCUGUAAAUUGGACUUGUUUCAAUUACAGCCAUUUGAAACGGUGGCUUCUUCUUAAAUAAGAUUCCCCACCAGUGUGCCUCUGUUCUGGUCUACAUAGGGAGAGGACAGAUGUUAGAUAUUCAGGCUUUAGUGCCUCUACUUGUGACAAGCGCCACUUUUGGUGGUUGGGAUUUUUUUGUUUGGUUUGGGUUUGGGGUUUUAUAUGCUUUGCUGUAAGGAACAAACACCACUCAUUUCUCCCAUAUUUGUUCUGGUCACUCAGUAUGAUCAAAGCCUAAUGAUAACAAUUAAAAUUUAAAGAGCCAGCUUUGACCCUUCCACCACCUUGCCCCAUAAAUUUGUUUUUAAUAUGAGUAGAUUGUGCCCUCUCUGCAGUAAAUGAGAUUAAUGCUUUCUGGCACAAAUCACAAAGCAAAUCAUGAAGUGUGAUUUGCUCUAGAGCCUCAAGCUCUUGGCUGUCCUGCAAAACUGUUUUUUUUCAGUAUGAGAUUUCUUGGGGUUGUAGCAACUGAGAAAUAAGAUAUCCCAAACUUUCCUUUCUCCUCAGUGGAUUAGAUUUUGCUCUUCCAUUUUUUCCCAUUCCCUAUCCUGCUUUUCCUGUCCUUUCAAGCUACUCUUACAGAAGAUUUGGAAGACCCUUCUAACCUCAAGGGAAAGAUACAACCCAUGUGAUUAUUUUUUUCAAUCUGUCAAGCCUGAUACUUGAAACUGAUAAAAUCCGUUCUAGUAGCAUUCCCCAGCACAUUUCAGUCUCCCACAAAACCAUUCUAGAGUUUAUAACUAGGAAAAAAAUAUUAUCCUCUUUCAUUUGUUCCCUUUGUGCAGAAUUAACGCACCUCCACGCAGUGAACAUGCAGUUUAAGGCAAUAAAUGCUAGUACUGCUGUUGGUCAAGUGUGUAAAUAUUUGAAAUGUAAAAUUGAGUACUAUGCUGAGUUCAUAUAUUGAAAAUGCAGGGAUCGAAGUGCUAGUUGAUUUCAAGUAUUGUUUUACCUGUACAGUUGAAUAUAUGAAGUUACAUAGAAAUAUUUCACAAUUUGAUGCAAUAAGAUUUGGGAAGUGGCUGUGUAAUCAAGCCUUAUCACAACUGAAUUUUCAAUUUUGCAAUGAACAAUUUGUGUAUUUUUAAGAUCCAUAAACAGGAGGAGGAUAAAAUUGUUUUCCACUAAAGACAUUUGUUAUUUUGUUUUGGCCA